AUGGAUGCGAGUGCUAUAACGGUGCAUUGGCAUAAUGAUAACCAACCAAUAUACUCAGUAGAUAUUCAACCAAAUUUCCUCGGUGCACAAGCAGUUGCAACCACUUAUAACAACAACAAGAAGAUUGAGGCAUCCACCACUUAUAACAACAACAAGAUCGAGGCAUCAACAUUUUCAAGAUUGGUUACUGCAGGUGGUGACAAUAACGUACGAAUAUGGCAAAUAACCAAAGCUAACAAAUCAAUUGAAUAUUUGGCCACAUUGUCUAAACAUAGUCAAGCCGUUAAUUGUGUGCGAUAUAACCCUAGGGGCGAUAUUCUAGCUACUGCUGGUGAUGAUGGAACACUCUUUCUCUGGAAAAUGAGCGAUUCCUUAGAGAAAAACAGUUUUAUUGAAGAUGACGAGGAACAUGAUGACGCAAAGGAAAGUUGGUCUGUUGUUUGUACUAUUAGAUCAAGUACUAGCGAAAUUAUGGAUUUGGCUUGGGAUCCAAGGGGAAAAUAUAUUGCAAGUGGAUCAAUGGAUAACCAAAUGAGGAUAUAUCGUAUUGAACAACUUGAACAAAAAAAGGUGCACGCAAUAUUGGUCAAGGAAUUUAAUGAUCAUUCACACUAUAUACAAGGAGUCUCAUGGGACCCUUUGGGGAAGUAUCUUGCGAGUCAAUCGGCAGAUCGAAGUAUGAAUGUUUAUGAAAUUAGCAAACUUGAGAAAAACAACAGUAAUGAUAAUGAGCAUGAGUUGAGUUUCCAAUUGAUGCAUAAGUUUCAAAAAUUCCAAAAUAGCUCCAUUUAUCAUUCAGAAACUUUACCUUCGUUUUUUAGAAGGUUGUGUUUUUCUCCCGAUGGUGCUAUGUUGGUUACUCCUGCUGGCUUGGAGGAAAACACACCUGCAUCAACGGCAGGAGCAACAUCAGCAGCAGCAGCAACAACAUCAGCAGCAGCAACAGCAGCAACAACAUCAGCAACAGCAACAUCAGCAACAACAUCAGCAGCAGCAGCAACAUCAGCAACAACAUCAGCAACAACAUCAGCAUCUUCUUCUUCUUCUUUAGAGGAACUGAGUCUGGAAACUACAGACUCCGUACUGACAAAAAAUUCCAUAUAUAUUUAUUCAAGAACAAGAAUAUCGACUAGUCCCAUUAUCAAAUUAUGUGGACUUACCAAACCGGCAGUGGCCAUCUCUUUUAGCCCUAUGAAAUAUCAAACUCAGGGUAAUCUCUUGAAUUUACCUUACAAAUUAGUCUUUGCCGUGGCCACUUUAGACACUAUAAUAAUCUAUUCAUCAGAUGACGAUUUCAAACCAUUGGGACAAGUUUCGAAUUUACAUUACCAGCCAAUAACAGAUCUUGUAUGGACACAGGAUGGGAUGAGGAUUAUUAGUAGUUCGAUUGAUGGAUUUUGUUCGUUUGUUGAUUUCGAACUGGGCGUGUUUGGUGAAAAGUAUACUGGAGAACCGGCUCAGUUUGUUGAGCCUUUGAAGAAAAAGAAGGGUGUAGAUGUAUCAAUGGAUGUGCUGGCGAGUACCACUGAUAAAGUGAAAAAUCUGGAAAACAGUGCGAUAGAAAGAAAUGCACUGGGAAAGAAUGCAACGGCACAAAAAGAGGAGAGUACAAACAAACCGGUAAAGACAAUUGAUUCUUUCUUUAAUACGGAUAAGAAAGUGACAAAGAAAGUCAAAAAGAGAAUCACUCCAACUUUGAUUCAAUGA